UUCUGGCAAAUUGACGUCAGUCACGACUGUUCCUGUUGUCCUUUUUAAUUUUCACUCGAUUUUUACAAUUUUUUUCCGCUCGCUGACGCUUUUUAGCGGUCUUAGUAGACAUGAGGACUACCGGAAAAUUUUCAAUCCUACCCGACACCACCGUAGCCUCAGCAACUCAGACUGAAGUUGCGUUUUCUCCAAGGAAACCGUUGCAAAAUGUGGAAAUCAACCUGCACCGAGAAGUGACCACCCUAUCAACUCCAAAAGAGGCUUUGCUCAAUAGAAAAAUGGCCAAACCGCGCAAGAGAACGCAAGAAACUUCAACCCAAACGGACGUAGAGGUUGAGAGAUGUGAUAAUGUUAUCACUGCCGACGAUUUGACCAAAGAUGCUCCCAGUGAGAGCUACUGGAAAAAGCUGGCUGAGACAAGAGGGACCGCGUUGAACAAUGCUUUAGAACUCAAUGGUCUGCUCAAAGAGAAAAUCAAGGAACUCGAGGAGCAACUUAAAAUAAAAGAAGAAAUGUUGCAAGAGGCCAGAGCGAUGGCCGACGUUAUCAGGGAACUUGUCGGCGAGGACAACUGAUAUGUUAUAAUGAGACUGUUAUUGUACACUGACUGAGAAUUGAUGGGUGGUUCUACCCUUUUGUAAUUCGUUGAAGGAUGAAAUUAUUAAUCAUUCUAACCAGUUUUAGAAAUUAAUAUAACCAAGCUGUAACUCCCAGCAUCUUUUGUGUUUAAUGUAAACCGUAGUGUGUACACAACGAUCAAAUCGAUCAGCUAUAAUUUGCGAUAAAUGACAAGGGAAUGUGAGAUUGCCAUUAAUUUAAAUAUUUUAAUAAAUAGUGUGCUGUCAA